UCUCAAGAUUUUACUAUCCCAUUAAUUCAAUCUAAAAACUCCUUGCUCUUGUGCUCUUUUUACCCUUCUUUCAAUCUCUUUUUUUCCUUUGACAAUUCCAAAAAAGAAUCAUGGUUGGUUUAUCUGAUAUUCCAAGCGUAGGGAAACUAGUGGAUAGAAUAUCUAAUGCUGCAGUUGAUGCCAUCUUCCGUGGAUUCCGUUACAUGUUCUGUUACAAGGAUCUUGUUAAGACUCUCGAUUCCCAAGUUGAAAAAGCUAACACUGAGGAGGAAAGGGUGUCCACAAAAGUUGCUGCAGAAAGAGCUAAUGGUGAACUAAUCAAGCCUCAUGUAGAUAAGUGGCAGAAAGAGGCUGAAGAAAUCAAGGAGAGUGCCCAUAAGUUUGCAGAAAAAUACAAAAACAGACAUUCAUGCAGGUGCAUUCAGUGUGUGCCUAUUCCCAACCCCGUCUCUCGUUUUCGACUUGGCCGAGAGGCGGUGCAGAAGACUGAGAGGCUAACUGAGCUCAUUAAUUCCGGAAAGGAGCUCCUGGCUAAUGAAAUUGCACAUCUUGCGCCAGGUGAAAAUUUACCCAAAACUAAUACCGAGUUUCAGGAAUUUCAAUCCAGAAAAUAUGCUUAUGUGGAGCUAUGGCAUGCGCUAAUCACUGAAAGCUCUCCGGUCCUUGGUAUAUAUGGAAUGCCAGGAGUGGGGAAAACUAGGAUGAUGGAACAACUAUGGAAAGAUGCUGAGGAGAAGAAGAUCUUUAACAAGGUCACACGAGGGAACGUGGGUAAUGAAAAGCUGGAUGUAAUACACUUACAGAAACAGAUUGCUGGGCAUCUAGAUUGCAACUUUGUAUCGGAAGAUAAUGUGGAAAGCAGAGCCUCUCAGCUUAAACAAAGUUUAUUGAAUGCGGGCAAGACCCUCGUCAUACUAGACGAUGUAUGGAGGGAAAUUCCACUAGAUGUUAUUGGAAUUCCCUUUGGUGAUGGAAACAGUCCAAUGGGUUCCAAUCUCUUGACAUCUCGAGAGGAAAAAGUAUGCUUAAGUAACAAGUGCCAGACUCUUGUUAAGAUUACACCCCUGCAAAGUGAUGAAGCGUGGGAUCAGUUUAAGAAUAUUGUCAAUUCUGCUCAAAUUGAUUCUAUGCAUGAUGAAUCUCUGGCAAAGAAAGUUUGUGAUAAAUGCGGGGGUUUACCACUCUUAAUUCAAGCGAUCAGUAAAGCGCUCCAAUUCGAAACUCACAAUUCAUGGGUGGAUGCACUUGAACAACUAGAGAAGGGUGAAUUUGUAAACAUUCCUGGAGUAGAACCACAAGUAUAUGCUUGUGUAGAAUUGAGUAUCAAUAAAUUACACGGCGAUGCCAAGUCGUGUCUUUUUUUGUGUUCCUUGUUCGACGAAGAUGCUGACAUCCCGAUGUCUAAGCUGAUCCAGUUGGCAACAGGGUCACACCUUGUAUCUGGGAUUCUGGGGAAACUCGGGUACUAUCAAUGGUUGAUACUCUCAGAUCGUCUUCUUUGUUGCUCGAUUCCGAAGAAGAUGAUAGUAUCAAACUUCAUGAUGUCAUCAGAGAUGUAGGGAGAUCUAUAGCGUUCAGAGAUCCAAAAUUUGCAUUUUCACACGUAACAUGUGACGCGCGGUUGCUUGACGCUGAUGCUGAUUUUGUCACUACCAAAUUUUUACGUCUAGAUCUGGAUGGUGAUAAUAUUCAUAUCCCUCAUGAUCUUGUCUGCCCAGAUCUGCAUAGCUUGUGGAUACAACGCAGCAAUGAUAAACAACAAUUAUUAGACGGCUGCUUCACUAUGUUUGCGAAUUUGAGAUUUUUACAUCUUGUAGGUCGUAGCUAUCCUUCUUCGAACCUGCAAUUCUUUCUUCAACCCUUGGGUAAACUGAGGACAUUGAUUUUAGAUAACUGUGACCCGACUCACUUUUGUUGGAUAAACUAAUAUUAUGGAAGUUGAGGAGUGCAUUAAGUAUGGUUCAUAGAAUUAAGGAGAUGUAUCUGAUCAUGUAUCUUUUAUCAUUCAUGUAUUUGGUUUGUAUUCUCCUAUUAUAUAAAGGAGACAAAAGAUUGAACAAUGAUAACAGAAAUUAAAAAAAAACCUCUUGUUCCUUAUUCUGUUC